AUGGCAGUACAGAAUCUGCCCUUCAUUGGGAACAUGGAGAAGAGGAUACAGAGUGCUAGUGCAUUGUUGCACACAAGCUUGGGAUGCUGUUUUGUAGAUGGCCUGGAACAUCGGGAUUCAAUUGCAAUAUACAAUUGCUUACGUGCAUAUGCAGCGAUUGAUAAUACCAAGAGCGCUGAAGAAAUUUUUCGUACAAAUGUUGUGGCACCGUUGAUACAGAAAAUUAUUCCAAACAAUUCAUUGGGGGUCACUGGUGGGGCAUCUGGAGAUGCACUUGAGGAGGAUUAUAAACAAGUCAAGCAAUUUGUUGAAAAAGAUUGUAAAUUUUUGUUGGAAAUUUCUUCUACAGAAAAUUCAGGUUUGCAUGUAUUUUGCUUCCUGGCUAACUCAAUCCUUAAAGAGGUUCUCUCGGCAAUCCAAAGGGAAAAACCAGGGGCCUUUUCUCCUGGAAGACCUACAGAGUUUCUAAAAAAUUAUAUAUCAAGCCUGGAUUUCUUGACUCAUUUAGAAGGUUACUGCCCAUCCAGAUCUGCGGUUGUGAAAUUUCGAGCGGAGGCAGUCUAUAUUGAUUUUAUGAAGCAGUGGAAUGUUGGGGUCUAUUUCUCAUUGAGGUUUCAGGAGAUUGCCAGGGCUUUGGAUUCUGCACUUGUGGUUGCUAGUCUUAUGCCAGUUCAGAACUCAAAUUCUUACCAACAAAAUUCUCAACAUUUAAAGUUAAAGCAAAGUGUCUCUCUUUUAGAGUGCUUGAGAUCCUGCUGGAGAGAGGAUGUUCUUGUUCUUUCUUGCUCUGACAAGUUUCUUCGCUUAUCUUUGCAGCUCCUUUCUAGAUACUCAAAUUGGUUGUCAGCUGGACUGGCUGCUCGUAAAGCUGGUAAUGCUGGCUCGAGCACUGGGUCUGAAUGGGCUAUUUCUGCUCUACCAGAUGAUCUCAUAUAUGUGAUUCAUGAUUUAGAUUGUCUGGUGAUGGAGAUUUGUGGUGAUUACCUGGGACAAGUACUUGAGCUUCUCAAGUCAUGCUCUGCCGAAAUACUUGAUCUUGUAAAACAGAGCAUUUUACAGGGUGGAAAAUCUUUAAAGGAGCUUGUACCUCAAGUGAUGAACUCAAUAGUAGAAACACUAGUUGAGAAGUCUGUGGAGGACUUGAGACAACUGAAAGGAAUAACUGCAACGUACAGGAUGACUAAUAAACCUCUCCCUAUUAGACAUUCACCAUACGUCACAGGAGUGUUACGACCUUUGAAGGCAUUUUUGGAUGGAGAGCGAGCGGUCACAUAUCUAACAACUGAAAUCAAGAAUGAAAUCUUACACGGCACUGCCUUUGAGAUUACUGGUCGUUAUCAUGAAUUAGCUGCAGACCUUGUUAAUGUGGCUAGGAAAACGGAGUCUUCACUUCAGAAGAUACGUCUGGGUGCACAAAGGCGAGCUGGAGCAAGCUCAGAUGUCUCAGACCAUAAUGUGUCUGAUACUGACAAAAUAUGUAUGCAAUUGUUUCUUGAUAUUCAGGAGUAUGGGCGCAACCUUAAUGCUCUUGGAGUUGAUGCAGCAAAAAUUCCUGCAUUUCGUUCUUUGUGGCAGUGUGUUGCUCCUUCAGACAGGCAGAAUACAAUAAACUUCUAGUUUCGUUACUAAAAACUGCAUGACUGGAAAAUGAUGUACUUGGCGGCGAGUAGCCGAGUGUAUUUUUGUCCUUUUGGGCAAGUGGUUAUCUUGCGACUGGGAGCAGCAGCAUUUGGCAAUAGAGGCUUGUAGACAUGCCAUUUCUUUUUCUCUGCAAAAUAUUCCUGUGGAAAAGUGGCAGAUCAUAUGGCUGCUGAGCAUUUCACAACUGGGAGACGAAGCAUUUUGGCGUGAGAGGCACAUGAGUAUACAUUUCCCUUUUCCCUUCUAAUUAUUUUUGUAGUUAGGUUUUUGUUCUGUAAUGCAUUUUUGGUUGCUGCUAUGUAUUUAGUAGAUACGAUUUCACAUCCAUCUUAUUUCCAAUUGACAUUCAUCUUACACAAUCCAAUAUGCAAGAGGGUUGUACUGUGUAAAUUCGUACUGCUGUGUUAAUGAUGAAUAAAUUCUUA